AUCGUUGCGGCCGUCGUCGCCACAGCAAUAUCAACAGAAAAAAAUCCGCACGACAAAAAGACGAUUUCGAUAACCACAAAAGCCCCCGAAUAAACUACAUAGUCGAAAAACCAAACCGACAACAGUCACAAACGAGGCAUACACACACACACACACACACACGCCAUCAUUCAGUCAAAUACAAUGCCACAGCGCACAUACACCUGAAAACAUCGCAUCCCAUUGACCAAACCCGAUUGAUAUAUAGAGGCGUGUGUGUUCGCUUAUAUUGUUUAUUCCGUGUAUAAAUUGUUUACUUUUAACAUAACGUGUGUACAUAUAUCUCACACUCCUGCCAAGUGCUUGAAGCCAGCUUGGAUACGCUUUUUUUCCGCUGUGACACAGAGUGAAGCUAUUCAUUCAUCGAAACUUUGAGAAACAGUUCAUAUUUACACUUCGAACACAACGUACGCAAAAUAUUCAACGCUCUCUCAAGAAAUUGUUUAUACAUUUUGCUACAACAGACUGUUUAUAAUAAAACCAAAAUCGGCAAAGAGAGGAUAUUUGAGAAAAAGAGAGAAUAUUUUGCAAACUUAUCAUACGGAAUAGAAGAAAAUAUUGAUUUAAUUCAAAAGAAGAAAAAAAAAUUCGGAAUAAAACAACGUCCGCUUUUGAAAGUGAAGUAAAUUCGGUGGAUUUCGAGUUUGAAAAGAGAAAAAAAGAAGAAGAAAAAACGGUGAUGAUAAACAAUUGACAAACUGAUAAUAUUCUUCAAUCGAAAAUAAUUAGCACGUUUUCUUUCGGAAAGAGAGAGAGAGAAGAAGAAUCCGCGUCGUGUGAAAACAAAUAUCGAUAUUCAUACGACGAUCGUACUGUCUAACAAAUACAAGUUCAACGGAAAGGACAUUAAACGCUUUAAUUUUUGAUCACACAAGUGACAAUUAAAUUAGAUACAAGAAGCAGCAAAGUGCAUAGCAUCUACACCGCAACAACAGUUUUUAGCACGUGUGAUCGCAAAACUCCUAAUUGGUAAAUUGGUACAUUAAAAGGUCGACACAAUGACGGAAAUUAUUGACAACAAUAACGUAAACGAUGGUGCUCUGUCACCAAUGCAGCAAUUUUACCAGAAUAAAACCGUCUUCUUGACGGGUGGCAGUGGUUUCUUGGGCAAAAUUACCAUGGAAAAGUUGCUCCGAACCUGUCACAUUGACACCAUUUACGUGCUGAUUCGAUCGAAAAAGGGCAAAGACAUCAGCACCCGUAUGGAGGACAUAAUGAACGAUGUGGUUUUCUCCAAGUUGAAGCAACAAGACAAAGAAGAAAAAUUCCGCCACAAAAUCGUUCCGAUCGAAGGUGAUUGCAGUUUACCAGGUUUCGGUUUAUCCGAUUCCGAUCGCCGAAAACUUAUCGAAAACGUUCAGAUUAUUCUCCACGUUGCCGCUACCGUUCGUUUCGAUGAAAAGCUAAAAUUGGCAUUGGCCAUCAAUGUAAAUGGCACAAAAGAAAUCAUGCUGUUGUCAAAACAAGCAAAAUCCUUGGUGGCGUGCGUUCAUGUUUCAACUGCAUAUGCCAACUGUAACCGAUCGAACAUUGAUGAGCGCAUUUAUCGCACAAAAUUGAGCGGCAGCAAUGCCAUGAAAAUGGCCGAAUGCUUCGAUGAAAAGACACUGGAACAAAUCACACCAACUUUAAUCGGUGACUGGCCAAACACAUACACAUUCACAAAAGCUUUGGCUGAAGAUUUAGUGAAAUCGAUGUGCCGACGUGACGAUGGCGAAAACAAUAAUGAAAAAAUCUCGGAGAAAAUCAUCACCACCGACAAAAUUAUCGAAAAUAACAAUGUUGAAGAGGUAAAAUCGGCUGCCCAUCAAGAUGAAAUGUUGCCGGUGACCAUAUUCCGUCCAGCCAUCGUUAUUCCAACAGUGAAAGAGCCACUUGUUGGCUGGAUCGAUAACAUGUACGGACCAACCGGUAUAAUUGUUGGUGUCGGUGCUGGUUUGUUGCGCGUUUUCUACGGUAAAAAAGAGAAUCAUGCCGAAUUGGUGCCCGUCGAUAUGGUUGUUAAUGGAAUUUUGGCCAGCGCUUAUGAUAUCGCACACAAUUAUCGCAACUAUUCGGAACCGCCCGUUUACAAUUAUGUUGCAUCACCACAAAAUCCAAUCACAUGGAGAGAUUACUGUAAACUUGGUAUUGAACAUGGUGCCAAAAUGCCAAUGAUGAAAUCCAUUUGGUACUACAGUUUCAGCAUGUCACCCAACCGAUUUUUGGUAACCAUUCUGACAUUCCUCUAUCACAUAUUGCCCGCAUUGCUCAUUGACACCGGUUUGGUUAUCAUGCAACGGAAACCAAAAAUGUUGCAAGUUUACCGAAAGAUUCAUCGAUUCUGUGACGUUAUUUACUAUUUCACCAAUGGCCAAUGGUAUUUCACGAAUCAAAAUGUGCAACAGCUGUGGAAUAAAUUAACGCCACAAGAUCAACAAUUGUUCUCGUUUAACAUGGCCGAAAUCAACUGGAGCGAAGUGAUCAAUAAUUCAAUGUUUGGCAUUCGCACAUACUUGAUGAAGGAAGAUCCAAGCAAUAUUCCAGCUGCAUUGAAACGCAAUCAAAGACUGAAAGUGCUUCACUUCGCAACAGUAUACUCAAUAUACACUGCACUGCUGUACUUUGUGUACAUGAUUUUUUCAAGAAUCUUCUUGCCAGCAUUUUCAGCGUCAGUAUAAGGCUGAUGCUAUAUGACAAAUUGACAUUAAAAUUGGUUAGGUUGAAAUUUUUUUAUAGUUAGAUUGUCACAAAAAAAUUACUACUAUUAAAAAAAAGACGUUAUAAGAUUGAUUAAAACUGUGGACGCGAGCGGGACACAAAAGCAAAGUCAAAUAAAACCAAGCCAUAUUAAUCAAACGAUCGUUAUUCGUCGUCGUCGUCGUCCGUUGUCGUCGUCAUCGGUCAUCGUUUGCGGUAUUGGUUUCGGGACAUACACAGCAACAAUACAAUGCGAUAUAUCGAACGGAUUCCGUUCGAUUGUUAGAUUAUUACACAUAGAGAACCUUUUUUGAGGUUCAGUUUUUUUUUUCAUUGGAAUUUUUAGCUGAUGAUGAAUUUUUUGCUUUUCUUUACUUUUUUAAUGUUUAGUCAUAGUUUUCAUAGCAUUAAAAUAAAUUCAUUUAGAAUCAAUUAGAUAAAAAGCUUCACGUAUCUCAUUCAAUAAGGUGUUCUAUUGCGAUCAAAAUUCAAAACAUACACACACACACACACAAACCAAUUGCAAUGGGCCCUAAAAAAUCAAUCAGGGUUCAUGUGCCUACACAAAGAUGAAACAAAAAAACACAGAUGAAAUGCAGAUAAAAUAAUGUAAGCACCCUGAUUCCGUAGGUCAAGAGCUCUAUUACAUACAUCAUAUACAAACUUACACAGACACACAAACAAUAGACUGAUUGAAUGAAUCAAAAUGAUACUGAAUGUGAACAACCAGUUUGUUAUCGGCCCAACGAUAACAUCAGCUGAAAUGCUGUUGAAUUUUUUUCCCCUUUGUUCUUUUCUUUGGAAACUGAUCAAUUGCGCACAAAACACGUUCAAUAUCAGGAAUAUAAUGUUAUUUCUUUUUUUUGUGUCGUGUGUGAUUUAUUUUUUUGAAACCUUAAGCCAGACGACGCAAACAAAUUUUUGCGGAUAAACGGUUUCUAUGCAAAUAAUAAUGAUGAUAGAGAAAAAAUCGCGUGCGCACAACCCGAAAAAAAGAAGAUAAACAAGGAAAAAAACAAACAACAGCAACAAAUGCUAUCGAGUUCUUUACAUUCCAAUGAAAUAGGAAUCGCAAUUGAGCCUCUCACCGACACUAAGAUAACCGAUAGUUUAUAAGUUCUUUUUUUUGUGAGCGGGACACCGUAUUGAGAGCAACACGAAAUAUGUUAACGAUUUACUUAAGUGAUUUAUAUUAAACCAUGAAUGAUAUGAUGGAAUUGAAUACGACUACCGUUUCAUCGAAUAUGAUUGAAUUUUUUAUAACUACUUGAUUUGACAACAACAACAACGACAAAAAUAUACGAAUAAAUGAAGAAACAAACAUUUGGGUGAAAACCGAGCGCAAAAUUUUGUACAGACUUUCCUUUUUUUGCUUUUGAUUCGAUACUUUUCUUUUUCGAUUGUGAUCUUUCUCUCAAUCCAACACAAUAUGUGUUGUUCGAAUCUUUUUUUUAAAUCGAUUCUCCGGUUUUGUUUUCAUUCUUUUUUUCAAUCAUAUUCUUUUUAUGUUUAUAAUUUACACUAUGUUUUAGUAUUUUUUUACAUUGGCUAUAAACAUUUUUUGCUUUCUUUUUGUAUGUCAAAUGUUUCGUUUCGAACAUUUAACUAAAUCGUUUAACUAUUCUACGUGUGAAUGGGGGAUACAAAACAAAUUUUAUGCGCACAGAAAUUCAAAUGCACAAAACAAUCACGUUUAGACAAUUAAGGCAAUUUAGCGAAGUAAGUUUGAUGAAAAUGUCGGAAAAAUUGCAAGACAACAAUAAAGCAAAGAAAAACAUUGGAAUAAUUUACGAAAACUGAAA